AUGUCGGCCUUCUAUCUGUGGGAAGUUGACGUCAAGCUGGAAGGCAUUUGGGAUUCCUCUUGUAACAAAGCAUUCCUAAUACCUGAUGAAGAAUCUGGGGAUGACAACGAUAAAAAUGAGAGAACUGCAAAUGAAGAAUUAACAAAUAUGGAGGAUGCAACAACUCCUAGUUUUAAUGCGAGUGCUGACUCCGCUAACAGAAAAGAGUUUCAAGUAGAUUCAGAUACUGAUUUGGAGUUUUAUUUAACAGAUGAGAAGGGGACAACAAGGGACUCAAGAAUUGUGAUGAAUGAGCCUGUGGCUGCCAAGGCAGUGCCUGGGCGGUUGAGUGUGCUUGUAUGUUGGCCAUCUAAAAUGGUCAAAAAGUACAAGUCACGUCUUCUUAGUUCACUGCCCCAGGAGGAGCCGCUUGGACCAGAGGACAUGUGGUCAUUAGCAAUCAUUAUGGGAGCAUGGGAGGGGGUCAUUAUACUGCCUUUGUCCAUAGCUUCUAAAUAUGCAAAGUUGCCUUGGUAUGCUCCCAAAUAUGGUUUUGGUGAUGCAGGAAGGUUCACCAAUUCAGGAGAGAAAUUAACAAAACUGAAUAAGAAUCUUAAUAUUAGCAAUAAUGAGCAAACUUACAAACUCAAUAUGCUGAACAUCUUCAAAAUUAUUCACAAUAUCUUCCUUCAUAGGAGCGCACCUAGGCUCCAAGUAACCUCUGCACAUUGA